UGUAACCUUAAGUUCGGCCUUGGUUUUUAGUUCCAUCCAAUAUCAACAAUGAAAUAUCGAAGAACAUAACUAACGAAGGUUGUCAAGCUUCAUUGUUUUAACAUUAAUAUAUUUGCGGAUAAAAUGGACCAGGAUGGACAAGUAUGAGACAAUCCACAAGCUUGGCAAGGGAGGGUGUGGAGCAGUGUUCCUGGUCAGAAACAAGGAGACAAGGAAAUUAUAUGCUUUGAAAACAAUAGAGUUGGAUGACAGAAAGAAAACAAGGACAAAAGAAGCAGUGCAGAAGGAAGCUAAAAUACUGGCACAGUUAAAGCAUCCGCACAUAGUGCUCUAUCACGAGUCUUUUUUUGACGUCAACUUUGAAUUCCUGAGCAUCAUUCAGGACUAUUGUGAUGGGGGCAACCUGGAUGACAAGAUUAAACAUGCUGCAAUGAAAUCAAAACAUUUUGAAGAAACACAGAUAAUGGAGUGGUUUAUACAGAUUAUUAUGGCAGUCCAGUACAUUCACAGUAAAAAGGUCCUUCACAGGGAUCUGAAAGCAGAAAAUGUCUUCUUAACGAAGAAGAAUGUAGUGAAGAUAGGCGACUUUGGGAUCUCAAAAGUGCUAGAGAGCACUGUGGAUGUGGCGCAAACAAUUGUUGGUACCCCGAGUUAUCUGAGUCCUGAGCUCUGUCAAGACAUCCCUUAUUCCUCCAAGUCAGAUAUAUGGGCAGUGGGGUGUUUACUGUAUGAGAUGUGUGCCUUGAGAACGCCAUUUCAGGCACAGAACUUGAUCAGUCUCUUCUUCAAAAUCAUCAAGUGUGAAUUUCAGGCCAUCCCAGGUACUUACAGCCGAGCACUGCAGGAGCUUGUGACACAGAUACUGGUGAAGUCACCUGACGACAGACCCAGUGCCAGUGCUAUUUUGAACACGACCUUAGUGAAGGAGCAUCUGGCUCGGUUCAUUGAACAGAAGGAGACGCUGCUUCUCCAGAAGUCAGCCAAGGAAGACAACUCCCUCAACUCACCACACACCUCAAGCAGUGCUAGGCAAAAACCAGAACGCAAAAUAGGUGUCAAGGGUGAGAAUUCUAGUCCAGCAUUGAAGAAAAACAAGUUGAAGAUUUCCACCCCUGUGUUGACGAGCCCCUUACCACAAGAUAAGACCCCCGGCUUUGCAAGAGAAAGGUCCCCACAUGGCCAAGACAGCGGACUGGGAGUCAGUGUGGAGACUGAUGUUUUAAGAGGCAAGAGGCUGGAAGUGCCAAAAGUAGAUGCAGAUGCAUCCUCUGACUAUUCUGAUGACUUUGACGAGUCCUCACACUCAGAGGGGGAUGAUGAUAUAGAGGAGCUGAUAGAGGGAGGAGACAGUGAGAGUGAGGUGGUAGAGGAGCUAGAAGAGGAGGACCGGGGGGAAGCUGACGGGGCGGAGUACUACCCUGAUGACUUUGAGGAGUACGAAGCCAGCGAGGACCUUGAUCAGCUGGUGUGCCAGGCCAGGGAGGCCCAAGAUAUCGAGGCAGUGGAUGACUGGUUUGCAGACAGCCUGUCAGACAUGCACCGACAGCAGACAGCUAUACUUAGGAUGCAGUGUAAGGAGGCACUGGGAGGGCGUGGCCUGAGAGAGGUGGAGAGACUGGUGAGUGAUGGCACCCUUACAGAGGAGGAUCUCAGUCCCCGUGUGAUGAUGCAGGCAGGGGGAGACAACACUGAGAUCUGCCAUCUGAAUAUUGACGAUCUUGACUGCGGAUGAGCUUACUUUUGGUCUCUAUUAUUUUGACUAAUCAAGUACGCAAGAGUGAUGUUGGUUUGUUGCAGCUGUUUUUAUUCACAUACCAAACAUCAAUACCUCUUCAUGUGUGUUUCAUCUUUUCAAAUAAAUUGUUGUAAUUGCCAUAGUAAAUACAGUAUUUUUAUAUGCACAUAUAUAUGCUGAACUAAAUACCAAUUUACUGCAUGUAUGCCAGUGUCUGUAGCUCACUGUUUUUAGCACAACAUGCUCAUAGUGAGAUUUUGUGAUUACCUGUUGUUUGUACUUUGUGGUACAUUUUGAGGGAUUUUGUGAUUACCCGUUGUUUGUACUUUGCAGUACAUUUUUAGUCCUGUGUAGUCAACGUUUAUCUUGUUAACAUUGUAGAGGCUAUUUUAUUAGUCCCCUACCGGUUUCACCAGAGGGGACUUAUGGUUUUGUCUCCAUCCGUCGGUCCGUCCGUCACACUUUUCUGGAUCCUGCGAUAACUUUGAAAGUUCUUAAUAUUUUUUCAUGAAGUUUGGAACAUGGAUAGAUGGCAAUAUGGACAUUAUGCAC